AUGUCUUCUUCUUCAGUUCAAGCUCCAGGUGGUUUAAGAAGUGCAGCCAAAAGAAAGUCUACUGCUGACAAGAAGGCUCAAUCUUCAAACGCAAUGCCAUUAUCCACAAGAUCUGCAGGUGCAGGUGGUUCUUCUUCUACAAUGAUGAAAUUGUUCACUGAUGAAGCUCAAGGUUUAAGAGUUGAUCCUUUAGUCGUAUUAUUUUUAGCUGUUGGUUUCAUUUUUUCAGUUAUUAUCUUACAUGUAUUUGCAAAGAUCACUGGUAAAUUCACGUCAUAG